AAAGAGGAUUGUGAGAAAACAAAGAGGAUAUUCUUUUAUUUCUCUUGCGGUUUUAGAAAUUGAGACGAAAGAAACGCUGUUUUUAUAUUUGUAUUCGUUGUGGUGGAAGUUAUUUUUGGGUUUAGCAUUUUCCUUCCUUCUCUGUUGGAAAGAAAAAGAAAAAGGGUUUUGCAGACUUGUGUGGAAUUGGAUUUGAAAGCGCCAAUUUGUCACCGCCCAAUUCCAAGUGGCGUCGUUAUGUAUUGUCUUCCUCCUUCACACUCACUCUUCUUCACAAUGGAUAAUCAGAGGUCCAUGUCUCUCCUUCAGUUUAUAGGUGAUGAAGGACUCGUUCCCUCUCCACAAGAGGAACAGAAAAGGAAAAACGUUAUUGACAGCCUCAAACAGAUAGUCUCAUCAUGGAUCAAAGAGGUUGCACGGCGGCAUCGGUUGCCAAAACACCACAUUGAUCUUACUUCUGCCACCAUAUUGACAUAUGGUUCUUAUGGCCUUCGAGUUCACACCUCAGUGUCUGACAUUGAUGCUUUGUGUGUUGCUCCUUUCUUUGCCUCCAUUGCAGAAGACUUUUUUGUUCUUCUUCACCGCAUUCUCAAAACUAGACCUGAAGUAUCACAGAUUCACUGUGUCAAGACUGCUAAAGUCCCUCUUAUGCGCUUUAAAUUUGAUGGCAUUUCCAUUGAUCUUCCAUAUGCUCGCCUUAAUGUACUCUAUGUUCCCGAGAAUGUAGACAUACUAAACCCAUUCUUCAUGAGGAAUAUUGACGAUACCAGCUGGAGAAGCUUGUCUGGGGUGCGAGCAAAUAAACGCAUUCUUCAACUAGUUCCAAAUGUUGAGAAUUUUCAAUAUACACUCCGAUGUCUUAAAUUAUGGGCAAAACGACGUGGAGUAUAUGGAACUUUACUUGGUUAUUUGGGAGGAGUUCAUUUGGCGGUUCUUGCAGCUUAUGUUUGUCAAAGGCAUCCUGAUGCCACCUUAAAUGCUCUAAUUGUGAACUUUUUUCGAAUAUUUGCAUUUUGGCGUUGGCCUACACCAGUAAUAUUGCAGGAAGGAAUGUUGCUAACAACUGUAGAUGUUAUUGACACACGAUCUUGCAUGCCUAUUUGGCUGCCUUCUGGACCUUACGAGUAUUGUCAUUCAAAUAUAACUAGAAGCACAUUCUACAGGAUCAAGGCUGAGUUUAUGCGAGGACAUAUUAUGACAAGGGAUAUUUUGAAGACAGAUUUCCAUUGGGAUAAUAUAUUUGAGCCUUUUCCAUACUCAAAGAUAUAUUCUCGAUUUGUCAAGAUUUAUCUCUCUACUCCUGAUCAAUGUCAACUUGGAGACUGGGUUGGAUGGGUCAAGUCACGCUUUCGAGGUUUUCUUGCCAUUCUGGAAGGGGUCGAAGGUUUUUGUGAUCCUAAUCCUACAGAAUAUGUUGCCAAUGAGAAAACAGAGCCAAAUGUGGCGUUCUACUGGGGAUUACAACCUAGCAGGAACAAUUUCGUUGACAUAGAUUUUCUAGAGAGAGAGUUCAUGAAAAUUAUUAACAAUGGCUACGAGUGUUCUCAUGGAAAGAUGGAGUUGUCUAUCCUCUUGGACCCACAACUUCCAAAGAAUGCUCAAUUUGAUGAUGAGACUGUUAAGGGUAGAAAAACAUUAUGGAAAAUAAUUGAUCAUGAUAAUAAGAAAAGUAGUCAAUGGCCAUGUGACACCUAGUGGCGAAUCUGAGUGCUUCAGUUCUGGUGGUUAAAUUUAUUUUUAUCUAUCUGCUUCCAGUUUGAUGUAGCUAUGGAUGUAUAUAGCCAAUUAGCCAUGUACAUUAUUCUCCUUCCACUUUUAUGUAUUUUAGCUUCCGGCUGGUUGUAGUAGGAGCAUGAGUCACACGGAAUCGGUUGAUUGAGUAGUAGUCUUUAGUGUUUGUUUUGUCCACACCGAAGACAUUUUUGGAAAGUUAGAGUUAGAAGGAUUAAGGAAAUGCAUAGACAUUUUUUCUUUCUUUCAGUUUCAUACUUUGUUAGGCCAAAUGAUUAGAUGGAACUUGAUAAGUUACCCCUUGUUUUGGCAUAGUAUUUUUUCAACUAAUAUGACAAUGGCUCAUGAAAAA